UCUUGUUGACUCAGCAAGUUGCAGGUCUUGUACACCACACCCACACAGUCAGAGACCUGAAGUCCUCAUCUUGAAGUCCAGCACAGAUGAGGACAGUUAAGGCUGAUCUCCACCCACAGAUCAACAUGCAGACGAUGUGUUUUUCAGCAGGACGGCAGACAGCAGCAGACAACAGUUACUGGACCUGCAGGAGCUCCAAGAACCAUCCUGGUGAGUCUUGGACCAGAAUGAUGAACUAAGCUUUGAUGCUGAAAACACCUUGAAGUGAAUAUUUUUAAUGCCUGACUCUAAUCUUGACAGUGUAUUAGGGAGACUGCUCUCUAACCUCCUUCACCACUCCACUAUGGGUCAGAAGAACAGCACUCCCUCCUUGGAUCCCCAUACCAAACACCAACCAGGCAUUUUCACCAUGUUGAUGAAGCCCCAGAUCACCAAGCCUGAGGAUUACGUACCUCUCAUCAGUAACUGCAUCUCCGCUGCCUCAGCCAGAACCCAGGAGUAUCUUCUCUUCAAAGAUCCAGAGGACAAGUUUCAGCCGAGUCUCCACACUCCAACUCAGGUCUUCCUGAUGACAUACAUAACUCAAAGCGUCAACCUGACCAACACCUUCAACUGCACGGCCAUGACCCCCGAGCAGCAAAUACUCCUGGGCGCUGACUGGGUGUGGGCCAUUCUGGAGAAACCCACCAAGAACCCCAAAACCCAGAUUGCCGUACAGGUCCUACACCUACCUGAGAGGGAGAGAGCUAAGGCCAGCCCGGUUACAACAGAGGUCUGCAGCGAAUCCAUCCAGAUGGCCCGGAUGGCGUCCAGGAACAAGAAUGCGUGUGAGAGGAUGGUGGACUUCUGCUCCUCUAUCGGCAAAGACUGCUACGCUCUCUUCCUGUUCUUCGGGAAAACAGACGACGAAGAGAACAUCUACGGCGUGCUCAGCAACAACUUUGAUGCAGCCAUCGGGAAGUCUAACAAGAUAGACAGAAUCUUCAUUGAGAACUUCUUCAAAGGUUGGAGGCAUUUUUAUACGCCAUUGGAAAUGAUCAGGACCAUUUUCACCAGAAAAACAGAUGACCCCCUCACGCUGGUGAUCAAAUUCAGCUGAAGUGGAUCCUGAUGAAGACAUGAUGACCCAAACAUCUCACCGUGAGAGGACUACAUUGUCCAAGCAGCUACCCGUGAGCUGAGAGGAGAUUCCAAAACGGUUUCUUUGUAAAUAGUGGCAGAGUUGAUCUCUGUGUCUCAAAGUCAUCUUAGAUUGAUCUCAAUUUGCUUUUGGCAAAUCAUAAGAAGCAGGAGACAACUUUUAGUUUAGGAAAAACGGUAUGUAAAAUUGUAAGGAGAUUAGCAAAUUAGUAAAAAUGUUUUGAACAAAUAUUCCAUAAACAUAUUCUCCUUUUUGACUCCUGGAGACUAAACUGAGAGGGGUUUGAGAUGGAUUUGAGACACUCACAGUCACUGUCAAAAGUUCUUCUAUGGAGAACUUUUCAGGAUUGAAGUUUAAAAAACACAAAUAAGAACUCCAGUAGAACUUCAGCUCAGACACAUUUUUAUUUUUUAUUGUUCAGAUUUUACUUCAUUAUAAAUUUCCUUCUCUAGACUUUGACUUCAAUCUUCACUAAUAUGAACAUUCAUUUUCUGAGGACUAAGAAUGCAGCAUUGUGGAGAAAAUACAUUUUAUUUUCAGAACACACAAAAAAACAUUUCAUUCUUUGUGUCUUUACAGCACACAAACAGUGAAUCAAAAACUUGUACAAAAACUUCUUGUUCAUGAUUUAGUUUCAUCUAAACCUGCUGGUGCUUCUUUAAAGGGGCCGUACCUUGAUUUUCUUAAGCCUUUCGGAGUGAACUACAUCAAUAUACAUGAUAAUAUACAACAUUUGAAACACAAAAAAAUAAUUAUUCAUGAAAUAUUAGUUAUUUUUGUGAACUCUUUCCAUAUCCAGAAGUAAAACGACUAUCUUUGAAGCUCCGCCUUUCGCUCUUGUUAGGGUAUCACCCCAAAAAAAGAACAUUUAAUUAAAAAAAAAAAAAAAAAAUCGAUGAACAUACUGUGUGGCCCGGGCAAUGGUGACGGCUAACAGGUUAAUUUUGCUGUAAAAUUCAGUCAUAAUAAUAAGAACAUUGUUGUAAUUAGCACUGGCUGUGAACAGUUCUUUUCUCUUAGAAGCAUCAUUAAUCUCUGUACCGAAAGUUCUUUUCAUGUGCACCAUUCUGCCUUUGCUCAAUAAUCCACAUUUAAACCCAAUUCGUCGCUCCCUUUCUCCACCAGGAAAUAGUCGGCUCAUUUUCUCCACUUGUAAAUACCCUUAAAAGCUCAAAAAGGUAAUUGUUCAUGGUAUGACCCCUUUAAAGUGGACAUUCUGAGAUGUGAGUGGUGACUUCACCUGUAACAGGUGGAAUCAGGCGGUGCUGCAGCUGCUGCUGACACUGUGGCUCCAGUCCACUGAAGAUCCCUACAGGGUCAGAGAAAGACUCCAAACAGUUCUGGAUUCACCCUGCUGCAGACUUCAUGAAGAAAUGCUACAAAAUAAUGUCUUCACCAACAGUCUACAUCAAAAAUGCACCUUCAAAAAUGACAGGUGGAACACAGGAUUCACCUGGGCUACACUGAAAAGUAAGAGUGGAGUCCACCACCCCAACCCCCACUCACCCUGAAACAACUAUCUUGUGUGUAAAUGACAUUUGAUGUAAAGCGUUUUUGGUCCCAUAAAAGGUUUUUAGCAGGAAGCUUACAAAUCUGAACCUAAAACUUUAUAAAUGAAAUAAAAUAAAACACAGUGGAAAAAACAAGAAUGCUAAUCAACUUCAUACUAAGGCAUUACAGCCUUUUUAAACAAAUGAACUCCAUUUAAUUAGACUCUGGUUGUACCCGAAUCCCCCUUAUCACUACAUAAUGGGUUCGCCAUUUUCUAGUGCUGUCCAUAUCUACUAAACCCAAAAUCGAGUGCACUAGAAAUCUCCCAAGAGGUCUUUGUGAAAAACUAGCGUGCAUCGAUGCUCACUAGAUUAGUGAAUAUAG